AUGAAAAGGAUUUUGUUAUUUCUAAUAUUUAUUACGGUUGUUUAUUCUCAAAAUGAGAAUACAUUCAACUAUUUUAAAAUGGAGAAAUUGACCAUGUCAUUUUUCCAUGCUAACUACUACUACUCAAUACUAAGUAUGGUUUUGAAUCAUUCUGAUGCAGCUUUCCUGGGAAUCAGUAAGAUGGUUCAUACACUGGCUGAAGAUAAAAUAAAACUUGCUGAUGCGUGCAUGAAUUACAUGACUACACGUAAUGCAGAUUUUAAUUUUCUUUCUUAUUUAUCGGUCAAUAAAAAUGGUGCACAAAUGAAUAUUUUAGAUUAUAAAAUGAAUGCUGCAAAAGCAAUGAAUUUUCUUUAUAAAACAGAGAGACAGCUGACUAAAAAUGUCACAGAUGUUUUAAAAGAUAUGGAUAUACAUGCUCAACACUUCUUACAGCAUACUGUUAUGGAAGCCCAAUACGAUCGCCUAUCAAGAAUUGAAAAUCUCUAUAAAAAAAUCAAAAAGGAUUCCCAAAAUGCAAUUUAUUCAUAUGAAUUUGAUAGAUCAGUCAACUUUCUUUUUCAUCACCUCUAUACUGAUCCCGUAGAUGUUUUCUUACAGCUUUAA